AUGUACCCAGUUCCUCAACAGGUUCGGUUCUCGCACGUUGACGUCACAAAUGUUCCCAGCUUCGAUAAACAUCGACUCGAGAUUACGAAAGAUCCAAAAUCUGUUUCCUCAAAAACCGAGGUCGACCGGAAGAUCUUUACCUAUACAAUAGCAUUUGCUGGUACGGUUUUGGCAACUACGUCGGCGAAAUAUGCAGUUAAGACGCUGAUCCAAAGCAUUGGUCCCUCAGCCUCGACUCUAGCCCUCGCAAACUUGGAAGUGAAUUUGGCUUCCAUUCCUGAAGGAAAAAAUGUUGUUUUUAAGUGGAGAAAUAAACCGUUAUUUGUACGGCAUCGGACUCAAAAUAUGAUUGAUAUGGAGCGCAGCGUUCCACUCUCAGCUCUUCGUGAUCCGGAGACUGAUGAACAACGAGUAAAGGACCCAAGAUGGCUUGUUUGUGUAGGCGUUUGCACGCAUUUGGGCUGUGUCCCUAUUGCUGAUGCCGGUGAAUUUGGUGGCUAUUACUGUCCCUGUCACGGCAGCCAUUUUGACUUUUCGGGACGUAUUCGAAAGGGUCCAGCUCCGACCAACAUGGAAGUUCCUAGCUACAAGUUUAUUGAUGAAAGCACUCUUCUAGUUGGCUAA